AUGUCUGCUGCAGAUAGCCCACCUGACGCUUACUCUGUUGGCGGUAUCAAUAAUUUAGUGGGUUCCCACGGCGCCCGAAACAUGGACUCGGAACUGGCGUCCAUUGUGUCGUCGCUUUCCGCGCUUUCGAACGUCUCCGCUCAGCAACAACACGGCCAGAUCGGUAGUUUCCGUCGCAGGUCCGUCAACAGUAACAAUGGCAGCGAAGUCGAUUCCGAAGUGUUUUUCCACGGCGGCCAAAACUCCCCCAUACUCAAGCGUACCACGCUCUCAGUUGGCGCAGCGCCCAUUGGUUCUGGUACCGGCGCCGCGGGCGCUGCGGGCGCUGGCAUUAACAGCAGGCUGAACAUGCUUGGCAAUUACUCAGCCAGCGUUACGGGCGGCAUGUUGCAACACCAAAGCCAACAGGGCGGAUUUUUCGAGCGAUUUGGCCGCAGUCUUGCCGAGGGAACCCGCGAAGUCGAGCUCAACCUCGGUCGUUCCUCAGGUCGCGCGUCGCGCCGCGAAAGUCUCGGUACCAUGGAAUCGUUUUCACGCGUGCCGGAGACAUCGACAUCUUCGUCUGCGCUGCCACUCGCGUACAGCGGCGACGAUCGCAGACCAUCGGUGUCGUCCGAUGCCCUCGAGUCUUUAAGCGAAAACUUGGUUUUGCAGAACGAAAUUGCCAGCGCGGGUCCGCAAGCGGGCCCGGGCUCUCAAGCGACGGAACGCACAACUAUUUGGAAUGUGGCCAGUGCUCCAGUAUUCAAGCCGCAGGCCACUGCCGCUGGCAUCGCUAGUCCCAGUGGCGGCGCCCCUGACGGUACUUAUGCGCCUCAGGACAUGAUGUUCGAAGAUGCGUACGCGUUCCCGUACGUGGGCUUUCAAGGCGCCCAACUCAUGUCUAUGAUGCCUCCGGGCGUCCCGCCUACAGCAGGGCCCAUGGGUAUGCCACCAGGUGGUGCGUUCAUGCCACCACCGCCACAUCCGUCGUCAAUGGAGAGCGCAUCCAACAACCCGAGCGCCCCAAUUAGCAGCGAUCCUCAUCAACCGGGUUUUGGAGCCACGACUAUUGACGGUACCCCUCCACCGACUUCUCAGGACCAAGAUCAACCUCGUCAACACCGCCAGCAACAAUUACCGCCUUUCAUUUUUCCCAACAAUCCAUACCUGUUUUUCCCGCCUAAUGCCGCUAACGCGCCAAUUCCUUCCGAAGAGGGGCCCCACUCGCGGCCCGGUUCUAAAAUGGGCCACAGAAAUGGUUCCAAGCCGGACGCAACCAAGUCACACGGUAAUCCUUAUUUGCACAACUCUCGUGGAACGAAAAAUGGUUCGCCGGCAAAUUUGAACGGAUUACCCGUUUUCAACACACCUCAACCAAGGACAGCUCCUAAUUCAUCGUCGAAUAACACGGGAAGGGGCAAGAAAAACGCCAUUCCAAGAUCACCUUUACUUGAAGAGUUUCGAAACAACUCCAACAAGAGAAACUACACCAUCGAAGAUAUAUUCGGAUCCGCAUUGGAGUUUUGCAAAGAUCAGCAUGGGUCCAGGUUUAUACAGCAGGAACUUGCGAAGGCUUCUGAUACCCAAAAGGAAGUGGUUUUUAAUGAAAUUAGAGAAGAAGCCAUCCCCCUAUCGGACGAUGUCUUUGGUAAUUACGUGAUUCAAAAAUUCUUUGAGCAUGGACUCGAGGUUCAAAAGAACGUGCUUUACAAUCAGUUCAAGGGCAAGAUGGAAAAAUUGUCGAUGCAAAUGUACGCAUGCCGCGUUAUUCAACGUGCUUUGGAAUGCAUAAGAGAAGAACAGAAAAUCGCGCUUGUCGAUGAACUCAUGGAUUGUGUUUUGCCCAUGAUCAAGGAUCAGAAUGGGAACCAUGUGAUUCAAAAGGCAAUUGAGUGCAUUUCGAUGGAAAAGCUACCGUUCAUCUUGAAGAGUCUACAUGGUCAAAUUUAUCAUCUGUCAACGCAUGCGUACGGAUGUCGCGUCGUACAACGAUUAUUAGAAUACGGUAGGCCUGAAGAUCAAGACCAAAUUUUAAAUGAACUUGAUCAGUUCAUUCCAUAUCUUAUCGAAGACCAAUAUGGCAACUACGUCAUUCAGCACAUUUUACAGCACGGUAGUGUCAAAGCCGAUCAAGUUCAUAUCGCCAAGACCAAGCAAGAGAUCGUCGACAAUGUUUCGAAAAAUGUAGUUGAGUUUUCCAAGCACAAAUUUGCGUCUAACGUUGUGGAAAAAUCUAUUUUGUAUGGUACGGCCCCUCAAAAACGUCUGUUGAUGGAUAAAAUCCUACCUCGGAGCACGGAACACGCACAACACCUUGAAGACUCUGCACCCUUGGUUCUCAUGAUGCGCGAUCAAUAUGCCAAUUACGUGGUGCAAAAAUUAGUCGGAGUAACGACCGGAGAAGACAAGCGACUCAUUGUCAUUACAAUAAAGUCCUACCUUGACAAACUAAACAAGAUCAAUUCACAGGGCAGUCGUCAUCUGGCAUCUGUUGAAAAGCUUGCUGCUCUUGUUGAUAAAUUAUAA